GUUGCAGAGGCUUUGCCAUUAGGUGAUGCUCCCGUUGAUGUUGUUGUCGGAACGCAUGUACUUUGUUCCGUAAAAGACAUUAAUAUGACACUGAAAGAGGUGAUGAGGGUGCUUAAACCGGGUGGCCUUUUCUUAUUUGUGGAGCAUGUGGCUGCAAAAGAUGGUACGAUUCUCAGAUUUUUACAGGGCAUUCUUGAUCCUCUUCAGCAGAGAGUCUCUGAUGGGUGUCAGCUUACAAGAAAAACGGGAGAGUAUAAAUCUGAAGCAGGGUUUUCUGACGUUGACAUAAACAUGGCUUUUGUGUCUGUUGCCUCUAUUCUGGGCCCUCACGUUUACGGAAUUGCUUGCAAGUAGAAUAAAAUGACAAAAAUUGUGUGACUCACUGUAACCCUGCACUUUGGUGAUGCUGAACAUAUAUUGCGGCAUUCAAUGGUCAAUUCAAGAGAAUGUGCUGAUGCAUGUACUAAUGCAAUCACCAAGUAAAUGGAGGAUCUUUGGAGUAUUUCAUUCAGUAUUUGUCAGGGUAUUGCUUCCAUUCAGUCACAAGUUUCAUAAAAUUGCUAUUGU